AUGGGGCCUUCACGCCGUGGCAAUGACGGCGCCACCACGAGCCUCGCGCUCCUCCUCCUCCUGUCGUCUGUCUUCAUCUGCUCCCAAUCCAUCCAGCUCCCCAAAUCCACCAUCUACAACACCACCGUCGCUGGCAAGCAGUUUACCACAUUCUACUUCACCGAUUUCGACGGCAAACAGCAGCUGCAGCAACCCGGCAUCCUGAUAUUCUCCAGCAACUCCUCUAUCAGCCAGGGCGCGCUUCAGAUCACCCCGGACACCGGCAACGCCGCUUCCAGCUUCCUCGUCAACCAGACCGGCCGCGUCUUCUUCCCCUCCCCGUUCGCCCUCUGGGCCUACAUGGCUUCUUCCAACUCCCCCGAUGGCAAGCACAUCGCCUCCUUCAACACAUCCUUCAUGUUCAACCUCUUUCGGACGAACCUCUCCAUCAAGGGAGAAGGCCUGACGUUCCUCAUCGCGUCCGGCAAUGACGAGCCACCGCCCGGAAGCUACGGCGGGUACCUGGGCCUCACCAACGCAUCCACGGACGGCCGCGCCACCAACGGGUUCGUCGCCGUGGAGCUGGACACGGUGAAGCAGUCCUACGACCCCGACGACAACCACGUCGGGCUCAACGUCAAUGGCGUCCGCUCCACCUACGCCACCCCGCUCGCCCCCCAUGGCAUACAGCUCGCUCCCACCAACAUCAGCAGCGGCACCUACAACGCCUGGGUCGAGUACGAUGGCACCACCCGGCACAUCUCGGUGUACAUGUCCGCAGACGAAAGCAAACCGGCUACCGCCGUGCUCAACGCAUCGGUGGAUCUCUCCAGGAUCCUCCUCGGACGGAAGGCCUUCUUCGGCUUCUCGGCAUCCACUGGCGUCCACUACCAGCUCAACUGCGUGCUCCAGUGGAUGAUGACGGUUGAGACGCUUGACGACAACGACAACGGCAGUGGGGCCAAGAAAACAUCGUCUGGUUGGAAGGCCAGUGUGAUCACUGGUGUGUCGUGCGGCGCCUUGACCGUGACGCUCGGGCUGCUUGCUGCCCUGCUGUACAUCAAGAAGAAGAGGAAGAAGGACCGGGAGGGCACGAUCUCGCUGUUCAACAACACCAUCGGCCUGAUGACCAUCCCAGGGCUGCCCAAGGUGUUCGACUACAAGGAGCUGAGCAAAGGGACGAAUGAUUUCGACGAGAAGAUGAAGCUAGGGCAGGGUGGAUAUGGCGUGGUGUACCGGGCCACCGUGCCUAUGAAAGAUGGGGAUAACAUGGAGGUUGCAGUGAAGCGGUUCUCUGGGGCCAAUACCAAGGGCCAGGAGGACUUCCUUGCCGAGCUAAGCAUCAUCAACCGCCUCCGCCAUCGGAAUCUUGUCAAGCUCGUCGGCUGGUGCCACCAUAACGGCGUGCUGAUGCUGGUGUACGACUACAUGCCCAACGGCAGCUUGGACAAACAUAUCUUCGGCGGCAAGGAUGCCCCGGCCCUCAACUGGGACCAGCGCUACAACGUGGUCGCCGGCAUUGCGUCGGCUCUGAACUACGUCCACCACGAGUACGACCAGAUGGUUGUCCACCGGGACAUCAAGCCGUCGAACAUCAUGCUAGAUUCUUCCUUCAACGCCCGGCUUGGCGACUUCGGCCUCGCCCGCGCCCUCGAGUCCGGCAAGUCCUCCUACACCGACAUGAUCGGUGUCCCGGGGACGCUAGGCUACAUCGCUCCAGAGUGCUUCCACACAGGCAGGGCGACGAGGGAGUCGGACGUGUUCGCCUUCGGCGCCGUGAUCCUGGAGAUCGUCUGCGGCCGCCGCAUCUCCUGCAACAGCCCCGGCGGGUUUGGCCAGCUGCUGGAGUGGGUGUGGAGGCUCCAUGGCGAGCGCCGCGUCCUGGAUGCCGUCGAUCCGAGGCUGGCCGGCGAGUUCGACGAGGAGGACGCCGAGAGGCUCCUGCUGCUGGGCCUGGCGUGCAGCCACCCUAACGCCGGGGAGCGGCCGAAGACGAAGGCCAUCAUGCAGAAUCUGACGCGUUCCGUGCCACCCUUCGCCGUGCCGCUGGCCAGGCCGGCGUUUAUGUGGCCGGUGGGGCUGGAUGUGAACGUCGACGAGGAUGCCGAGACGACACAAAUGUCGCAUCCUACAGCCACUACCACGAUGGUCGUAGAGGUGGACCCAGAAAUAGGAGGUGAGCACGGAGCACCCACAUCGGCCGAGAAGGAUGCGUCCACGAGGUGAGGCCGGAGCAGGGUGCAGGUGCAGUGGCUUGCGCCGGCCCAGCAGGACGCCCCGAUGGCUCACCUGGACAUGGGUGAGAUCAAGGCGAGGCUCAGUGGUGCGACUUGUUACGCGUGGUGAAGAGGCGAACGUCAUUGACAAACGGAGAAUGAGGCGAACGAAUUGAACAAAACGAUAAUGACAAAC